AUGAGUCUCUUAAACAAGCCCAAGAGCGAGAUGACCCCUGAGGAGCUGCAGAAGCUGGAAGAGGAGGAGUUCAACACUGGGUCCCUGUCGGUGCUCACCCAGUCGGUGGAGAACAACACCCAGGUUCUCAUCAACUGCCGCAACAACAAGAAACUUCCGGGCCGGGUGAAGGCCUUUGACAGGCACUGCGGCAUGGUCUUGGAGAACGUGAAGGAGAUGUGGACGGAGGUACCCAGAAGCGGCAAAGGCAAGAAAAAGUCGAAACCCGUGAACAAAGAUAGUUACAUUUCCAAGAUGUUCCUGAGGGGGGAUUCUGUCAUUGUGGUCCUCAGGAACCCGCCCAUUGCUGGCAAGUAG